GGGCUCGCGGACGGAGUGCGGGAGAGAGAGAGAGAGAGGGCGGGUGUGCGCGCGCGCCAGUCAGCGAGCGAGCGGCAGGCAGCGGCGGCUUCAGUUAUAGCAACUGUUGCCUUGUGAAUAAAGCGCCGUAGUCCUGGCGACUGUUACCCACCAACAACUGCUCACAACAACAGCAACCCAGGUUUCUGUCAAUUUCAGUGCCAGAGCCUAGAGGUGAACAGCAGGAGUCACAAUAACCCAAUAUGCAGACCUCUGAGGCUGGUUCAGACACCACAUCAACAGUGACUUUACAGACCUCAGUUGCAGGACAGCAGGCAGUGCAGGCCCAAGUGGUACAACAAGUACCUGUUCAGCAGCAGGUACAACAGGUGCAGCACGUUUACCCAACCCAGGUGCAGUAUGUGGAAGGGAGUGAUGCUGUUUACACCAAUGGAACUAUACGCUCAACUACCUACCCUUACUCAGAGGCCCAAAUGUAUAGCCAGAACGCGGGAGGAACAUAUUUCGACUCCCAAGGAAAUUCUGCCCAGGUGACAACGGUGGUCUCGUCCCACAACAUGGUGGGCACUGGCGGUAUUCCAAUGGGCGUUACAGGCGGUCAGAUAAUCAGCAGCUCAGGGGGUGCCUAUCUCAUCGGCAGCUCAAUGGAUGGAUCUAAUCACCCAGUUAGCCACACGACACGUGCUUCUCCAGCAACUAUUGAAAUGGCGAUUGAGACACUCCAAAAGUCUGAUGGUUUGACAGCUCACAGAAGUACUCUUCUCAACAGCCAUCUUCAGUGGUUAUUGGACAACUAUGAGACAGCAGAAGGUGUCAGCCUUCCUCGAAGUACUCUUUACAACCACUAUCUGCGUCAUUGUCAGGAACAGAAGCUUGAUCCAGUCAAUGCAGCUUCUUUUGGAAAACUCAUUCGUUCCAUUUUCAUGGGUUUGCGCACUAGGCGUCUCGGCACAAGGGGAAACUCUAAAUAUCACUAUUAUGGCAUCCGGAUUAAACCAGACUCCCCACUAAAUCGCUUACAGGAGGACAUGCAGUACAUGGCUAUGAGACAACAACCAAUGCAUCAAAAGCAGAGAUAUAAACCUAUGCAGAAGUUGGAUGGAAUGGGAGAUGGCUUUGCAGGAAGUGGCCAACAGAUUCCUAACUCUGCAGAGCAAACCAUUGUAGCACAGAGUCAACACCAUCAGCAGUUUCUUGAUGCCUCUCGCGCUCUUCCUGAAUUUGUAGAACUUGAGGUUGCAGAUAUUCCAUUAUUGGAUGGCAUCACCCUUGAGGAUAUCAGAACAUUACAGAUUCUUUAUAGAGAGCACUGUGAGGCAAUACUGGAUGUUGUAGUGAAUCUUCAGUUUAGCCUAAUUGAAAAGCUAUGGCAAACAUUCUGGCACUAUAGUUCAUCGACUUCAACUGAAGGGACAACUAUCAGUCAAACUAGUGAGAAUGAGAUAGAAGGUAGACUCCCGAAGGCAAAGCUCACUGCUCUGUGCAAGAAUGACUCCGUCCUCAAGUGGAUGUGUACCUGCGAUCAUAUAAUGUACCAGGCUUUGGUGGAAAUCCUUAUUCCAGACGUCCUUAGACCUAUUCCUAGUGCCUUGACCCAAGCCGUUCGCAAUUUUGCAAAAAGCCUCGAAGGAUGGCUGACAAAUGCCAUGAACAAUAUUCCACAGCAAAUGGUUCGCACCAAGGUUGGAGCUGUAAGUGCCUUUGCUCAGACACUGCGUAGAUAUACGUCCCUCAAUCAUUUAGCUCAAGCUGCUCGAGCUGUGCUGCAAAACACAUCUCAAAUUAACCAGAUGCUCAGUGACCUCAAUCGUGUAGACUUCGCCAAUGUCCAGGAGCAGGCUUCCUGGGUAUGUCAGUGCGAUGACAGCACAGUACAAAGACUGGAACAUGACUUCAAGAUGACCCUCCAGCAGCAAAGUACCCUGGAGCAGUGGGCUGCUUGGCUUGAUAAUGUGGUAACACAGGUGUUGAAGCCAUAUGAAGGAAGUCCUAAUUUUCCCAAAGCUGCCCGUCAAUUUCUGCUUAAGUGGUCCUUUUAUAGUUCCAUGGUUAUCCGAGACCUGACCCUACGGAGUGCAGCAAGUUUUGGUUCUUUCCAUCUGAUUCGUCUGUUAUAUGAUGAAUAUAUGUUUUAUCUGGUGGAACACAGAGUGGCUCAAGCUACUGGGGAAACACCUAUAGCAGUGAUGGGAGAGUUUACUGAUCUCAGUGGUAUGUCCCCAGUAAACAUGGAUAAAGAUGAAGGAAGUGAGGUUGACAGCGAAAUGGAUGAUGAAUUGGAAGAUUCUGGAGAACCACCAUUCAAGAGGGAAAAAAUAGACCUUAACCAGACACUACAGGGUGUCUGUGUAGCUCCAUCUCUCAACAGCAGCAUGCAACACGACCCUCUGAUCCCUCUACAUGCUGAACAAAUCAUUACAAGUGUGGCUAGUGCCAGGCACUGCAGCACUGUUGGAAGCACAUACACGGCAGUCUAAACAAUAAUUUGACCAUUCGUUGAUUAUCCUUCUCUUAUUUACUUCAAGCCUGAAGUCUGACUGUGUUGUGGCUUCAGCUAUUGAGAUGACACAUACUGCUAUGCUGAAUGUUACUCUCAUACACUAACUAGGUGUAUAUAGGUUUUGUUUUUGGAUUAUUUUUGGUCCCAUAUUGAUCAUGUUGACUAAAGGGACUCAGUAGACAUUGCAAUUGUAAUUGAUGAACUUCUAACAGUAUAAGUUGUUUUGUUUAGUUCAGUUUUUGAUUGAAAAUAUAUUCUUAUACAUACGACAGGAUAUGCUCACUUGACAGCAGAAGUACCUAAAGGUCAGGGCUAGAAUCCAACAAUAUCCUGUUAUCUCACUGCUGAUUUUAUCUUUCUUUUGGUUUGAAUCUGUUUCAAAAGGAUCCAGGAUUAUAGUUCUGCGUUGUUUGAAUGCACUUGAAUAAGUUACAAUAGGACAAAGCUGUACUUAUCACUACUUAUACAUUAGGUGGUUCCAUCAUUCAUGCAUUAUGUGUAUUUUAGAAAUAACUUAAGCCAAACAUUGUAAUGAAUGAGUAAUGGUUACUUUUUGGAUUGGAGACGUGGCAUGGUAAUCAUCAACAGUAUUUUUGACCAAAGUGUUUGCUUAAGUAACAAUUCUUGUGCCUCACCACCAUUAAUGCCUCAGAUUUCUAGUAAUUUUGCUGUUACCUCAAAGAUUAGUGUAACUACAUUCUAUUAAUUUACG